GCCGGAGGGUGCAGGAGCCGGAGGUGGCUGGAGGGGGCGGCGGCCACUGCCGGGUCGGAGAAAGUUGCCCCCUGUGCAGAUGGGAACUGAGGUAAAAUGCACACUUGCUGCCCCCCAGUAACUUUGGAACAGGACCUUCACAGAAAAAUGCAUAACUGGAUGCUGCAGACUCUAGCGUUUGCUGUAACAUCUCUCGUCCUUUCGUGUGCAGAAACCAUCGAUUAUUAUGGGGAAAUCUGUGACAAUGCAUGUCCUUGUGAGGAGAAGGACGGCAUUUUAACUGUGAGCUGUGAAAACCGGGGGAUCAUCAGUCUUUCUGAAAUUAGCCCUCCCCGUUUCCCAGUCUACCACCUCUUGUUGUCUGGGAACCUUUUGAACCGUCUCUAUCCCAAUGAGUUUGUCAAUUACACUGGGGCUUCAAUUUUGCAUCUGGGUAGCAAUGUUAUCCAGGACAUUGAGACCGGGGCUUUCCAUGGGCUGCGGGGUUUGAGGAGAUUGCAUCUGAACAAUAAUAAACUGGAACUUCUGCGAGAUGAUACGUUCCUUGGCUUGGAGAACCUGGAGUACCUACAGGUCGAUUACAACUACAUCAGCGUCAUCGAACCCAAUGCGUUUGGGAAACUGCAUUUGUUGCAGGUGCUUAUCCUCAAUGACAAUCUCUUGUCCAGUUUACCCAACAAUCUUUUCCGUUUUGUGCCCUUAACGCACUUGGACCUGCGAGGGAACCGGCUGAAACUUCUGCCCUAUGUGGGUUUGUUGCAGCACAUGGAUAAAGUUGUGGAGCUACAGCUGGAGGAAAACCCCUGGAAUUGCUCCUGUGAGCUGAUCUCUCUCAAGGAUUGGUUGGACAGCAUCUCCUACUCCGCCCUGGUGGGAGAUGUGGUUUGUGAGACCCCUUUCCGCUUACAUGGCAGGGACUUGGAUGAGGUCUCCAAACAGGAGCUUUGCCCAAGGAAACUUAUUUCCGACUACGAGAUGAGGCCACAGACGCCUUUGAGCACCACGGGGUAUUUACACACCACCCCGGCCUCGGUGAACUCCGUGGCUACUUCUUCCUCUGCUGUUUACAAACCUCCCUUGAAGCCCCCGAAAGGGACCCGCCAACCCAACAAGCCCAGGGUGCGCCCAACCUCUCGGCAGCCCUCCAAGGACUUGGGCUAUAGCAACUAUGGCCCCAGCAUCGCCUACCAGACCAAAUCCCCGGUGCCUUUGGAAUGCCCCACCGCGUGCACUUGCAACCUGCAGAUCUCUGAUCUGGGCCUCAACGUCAACUGCCAGGAGCGCAAGGUCGAGAGCAUAGCUGAGCUGCAGCCCAAGCCCUACAAUCCCAAGAAGAUGUAUCUGACUGAGAACUACAUCGCCGUCGUGCGCAGGACAGACUUCCUGGAGGCCACAGGGCUGGAUCUCCUGCACCUGGGUAACAACCGCAUCUCCAUGAUCCAGGACCGAGCCUUCGGGGAUCUGACCAACUUGAGGCGCCUCUACCUGAAUGGCAACAGGAUCGAGAGGUUAAGCCCAGAGUUAUUCUAUGGCCUGCAGAGCCUGCAGUAUCUCUUCCUCCAGUACAAUCUCAUACGCGAGAUUCAAUCUGGGACUUUCGACCCGGUCCCAAACCUCCAGCUGCUGUUCCUAAACAACAACCUCCUGCAGGCAAUGCCCUCCGGUGUCUUCUCUGGCCUCACUCUCCUCAGGCUGAACCUGAGGAGUAACCACUUCACCUCCUUGCCGGUGAGUGGCGUUUUGGACCAGCUGAAGUCACUCAUCCAAAUUGACCUGCAUGACAACCCCUGGGAUUGUACCUGCGACGUGGUGGGCAUGAAGCUGUGGGUCGAGCAGCUCAAAGUGGGCGUCCUGGUGGACGAGGUGAUCUGCAAGGCGCCCAAGAAGUUCGCUGAGACCGACAUGCGGUCCAUUAAGUCUGAGCUGUUGUGCCCAGACUACUCGGAUGUGGUGGUUUCCACGCCCACCCCCUCCUCCAUCCAGGUCCCCGCGAGGACCAGCGUGGUGACCCCCGCCGUCCGGUUGAACAGUACUGGGGCCCCAGCGGGCUUGGGCGCGGGCGGCGGGGCGUCGUCGGUGCCCUUGUCGGUGCUGAUCCUCAGCCUGCUGCUGGUUUUCAUCAUGUCAGUCUUCGUGGCCGCCGGGCUCUUCGUGCUGGUGAUGAAGCGGAGGAAGAAGAGCCAGAGCGACCACACCAGCACCAACAACUCCGACGUGAGCUCCUUCAACAUGCAGUACAGCGUGUACAGCGGCGGGGGCGGGAGCAGGGCCUACAGCGUCAGCACCAUCGAGCCCCGGGAGGACCUCCUGUCGCCGGUGCAGGACGCCGACCGCUUUUACAGGGGCAUUUUAGAACCAGACAAACACUGCUCCACCACCCCCGCCGGCAACAGCCUCCCGGAAUAUCCCAAAUUCCCGUGCAGCCCCGCUGCUUACACUUUCUCCCCUAACUAUGACCUGAGGCGCCCCCACCAGUAUUUGCACCCGGGGGCAGGGGACAGCAGGCUGCGGGAACCGGUGCUCUACAGCCCCCCGAGUGCUGUCUUUGUAGAACCCAACCGGAACGAAUAUCUGGAGUUAAAAGCAAAACUAAACGUUGAGCCGGACUACCUCGAAGUGCUGGAAAAACAGACCACAUUUAGCCAGUUCUAAACGCAAAGAAACUCCCUUGGAGAUUUUGCAUUUAAAACCAACAAGCAAGCAGACACACACGGUGAACACAUUUGAUUAUUUGUGUUGUUUCAACGUUUAGGGUGAAGUGCCUUGGCACAGGAUUCUCAGCUUCGGCGGAAGAUACUGAAAGGGUGUGCAAUUUCCUUUUAAUUUUACACGUGGGAAACAUUUGUGUAAACUGGGCACAUCGCUUUCUCUUGCGUGUGGGGGAGGAAAGGAGAAGGGCUUUGUGGAGGGCAGUUUGCUGCGCGGGGGACUGGUUCAAGGUGGCAGUCCUUUCUGUAGUGGUUGGAAGUGCUAAGAGUGGCGGACGAUGACAGCACGUAGAUUCUACUCUUCCUCUUUUGCUCCUCGCCACCUUCCAUUCUCCCCCCUUUAAGCCAUGGGUGGGUCUGUAUGGCUUUGGCGGAGAGAUUAGCACACCCCAACUUUAAUAGGAAGUUUUUCUCUCUCCUUUCCCUCCCUCCCUCUUCCUCCCUCUGAUCCUCCCUUCUCAUUCCUUUCCUUUGUUUUUGAAGGAUGUGUUUGUAUGCAUUCUGGACAUUUGAAUUAAAAAAAAAAAAAGUAUUGUGAUCCUGAAAAGGAUCGCCAUAGAUGUGGACAAAUCAUUAAAAUUACAGAGCUAUAUGAUCCAUAAUUGAUUAGUCAAAAUAACUUAUUGAUGAAAUAUACAAAUAUUUUAUUGUAGCACCUAUUUUUAUAUGCACAUUUAGCAUUCCUCUUUCCUUCAGUAUUUAGCCUAUGAUUUUCGCAGAGGUGUGGUAUUGUACUAAGAGCUGCAUUUCCAAAACUGAAGUGAUAUCAGGAAGGCGUUUUAAAUCAUCAAAAAUGUGGAGAACUUCAUGGCAAAACCCUUAAAAGCCAAUGCAACCUAUCCAAUUGGAUCUGUAAUUAAAACAAACAAACAAACAAACUGUAUCUCAACGCAUAAAACAAAAAUAUAGGGCAAUUUAUUGGGCCAUUGGGGUGAGAAUUGGUGCAAGUUUUUGGUUUUAUUAGAGAAGAUUUCAAAGUAUUUUUAUUAGUGAACCAAAAUGAUGUAUUCAUUUGACUACUAUUGUAGCCGAUUUUUGAUUGUUUAACCAAACCCAGUUGCAUUUGUACAGAUCCACCUGUUCUGGCACCUCAGAAGACCAAAUGAUGAACUGUACAAGUCUAUACAAUGUCUUUAUCCCUCUGGGCAGCAAGCAAUGAUGAUAAGGGCAAACAGGAUCUCUGUAAGAUGGGGCUACUGUUGUUACAGUCUCAUAUGUAUCCCAGCACAUGUAAUUUUUUAAAUAGUUUCUGAAUAAACACUUGAU